AUGGAGUCGAAGUCGUUUACUGCCAUAGACGACGAAAAACUUAUUGAAUGUAUGAAUCGAAAUUAUCCUGUUUUGUACACAUUGGAAGACAAAAAUUAUAGAGAUAAUAGCAUCAAAGAGAAUGCGUGGAAAGAAAUUUCAGACUCCAUAGGAAAAUCUGGUAUUUAUUUCAUAUGUGCAACUCCGAACGUGUUCUGUAAAGGUACGGCAGUCCAAUUAAUAGAUGGUACCAUAAAAGCUAAUAAACAUCACUCACAUGAUCCUUAUGGUGAAGCCUUCAAUGAGCUCGAAGAUAGACGUUCUUUUAGAAGUACAUUAAUUGAAAGAUCCAGAACAGAGACUGAAAGCCUGAGAUCAAUUUACGACGGAGAAUCGAUUAGAGAUCCACGUGCAGCAAUUCUUUACAGUUGGCCAUCAGCAGAAUCAUCUAUGCGCCAUGCAAGAAGGCAAACUCUCCCACCAUUGCCCUCAACGUUGCGUGAAUUGGGCGAAUAUCUUGAUUUAAAUGCAGAAAGGUACCGCUGUAAAAACUCUUCAUUUUAUCAAGAGUGGAUUAUUGACAAUGCUGGGAAAUACAGCAUCAUGUUUUCAUGUCAGGAAUUGAUUAGUGCUGUUGUGCAUCAAGGUGCCACAGAACUUCACGCAGAUGCCACCUUUAAGGUUGUGCCAUCUACACCUCAUUGUCAACAACUAUUUAUCAUACACUUAAUUUUGCAAAAUCAUUCUAUACCUGUAUGCUUUGUGUUCAUGGAAGCAAAAACUGAGGCAUCGUACAGGAAGGUGAUGGAAAGGUUCCAAAUUAAAUUCCCAGAAGUUAAGCCUUUGGUAAUUAUGACGGAUUUUGAAACAGCCCUACGUAAUGCUUUUAUGUAUAUUUAUCCUGAAGCUCAAAUCUUUUCAUGUUGGUUUCACUAUGUACAGUGUUUACAGAAAAAUAUAAAGAGAAUGGGUUAUUCUGGGUACAUUGGGCAAAACAGAGAGGCUAAAAUGUGUUUAAGAAUGUGUGCGGCGUUGGCUCUAUUACCUGCUAAUAAAAUUGAGCAAGGCUUCCAAGAAAUCAAAAAUUAUGCUCAUAAUAACGAAAUACUGAUACCAAGGUUCUUCACAUACUUUUCUAGUUUUUGGCUUAUAAGAAAAGGUCCUGAAUGUUUUUCUGUGCACGGUCAACCACGUCGCACUAAUAACAAUGUCGAAAGUUUCCACUCUACAUUGAAACAAACCUUUCAGGUGAUGCACCCGAAUUUGUGGACGAUGUUGGAACACCUAAAGAAUAUUAGCAAAAAGAUGCACAUCGUCGUGGAUCAAUUAGCUGCAGGAUUACCCACAACAAGACGUGUAAAGUUUAAAUAUAUUUUAAAUUCAAAACGGAUCAAAAAUUCGACCGCUUUAUUGAGUACAGGAGCCAUUACUAUUAAAGAAUUUCUUAUACAAUGCUCAUACUGUACAGACCAGUAUUUAACAACGGAAUUAAGUUGGCAUGAAGAAAUUGAAGAAUCUGAAGAAGAAAUUGUACCAAUGAUCUUAAAUAUGCCCAUAGCCAUAGCUGUAGAUGCAGAAGCAAUUGCAUUAAAUCAUGACGAAGUUGUCGAUCUAGAUGGUAUGUACAAUGCAAUAACUGCUAAAUAA